AUAUUGAAAAUAAAAUAAACAAUAUUAUUUAUAGUAAUAUGAACUAAUUAAACGACUAUUAAUAUUAGUUAAAAUAUCACACCUGCGCUUGUAGAAUAAUUUUGUAGGGAAUCAAACAGAAGAAUACCAUUAAUCGGUAAUAAUAAUAUGUCUAGUGCCAAUGUCCAGACCAGUUCGUAUAAUAAGUUCUACAUACUGUUUCAGAUUAUUGGAUUAACACUAAUAUUUUAUGUAUACCAAUGGAUUGUUCAAUAUCGGGGAGGAUUUAGUUUCACUGAACCUAAAAAAAUAUUCAAUUGGCAUUCAAUAUUGAUGACAAUUGCAUUCGUUUAUUUAUUUGCAAAUGCUAUUCUUCAUUAUCGUACAUUUCAGAAUAAUACGAAACGAAAAUUAAAAAACCAGCAUGCUAUUAUUCAUGGUUGCAUAUUAAUCCUUAUUGUAUUUGCUGGAUUUGCUGUUUUUAUUUCACACCAAUAUGCUGAUCCUCCAAUUCCUCAUUUAUAUUCUUUACACAGUUGGUUAGGAGUUAUCACUGUUGUAAUGUUUUUAGCCCAGCUUUUUAGUGGACUCUAUUGUUUUUUGUAUCCGGGAGUAGCUGCACGGCAUAGAGAAACUUUAGCACCUUAUCAUGUGUUCUUUGGCAUUUCUAACUUCGUUUUAGCAGUUGCAACUGUGGUACUAGGAUUCUGUGAAAAAAUUAUUUUUUCCUUAGAAAAUCAAUACAAAAAACUCCCGGCAGAAGGUCAGCUUGCAAACAUUUUAGGUGUUCUUUGUGUAUUUUAUUGUACAUUAGUGGUUUAUAUGGUUACUAAACCUGAAUUCAAGAGACGCCCUAAUCCAGAAUUUGAGUCUCUACUUAAAUGAUGUUUUAGAAAACGAAGAGGAAAAUGCCCCGUCUUGCCCUCCCUCCGGACACCAAUGCCUAACGGGCUGACCCACUUAUGUGAGUACACCGUUAAUAUCGCUGCAGUAUAAUAACGUGCUGCAAUUGUAUGGAGAAAAUAGAGAUUCCUCGCUCUAUCAAAAUGAUUGUCAAUAUUGUAUAAAUUACCUAUAUUUUAAAUUUAAUAACCGUAGAUUAAGUGAAUAAACUCAUAAAAUGUUGUAAAAUAGUAUAGGAGUUGAUGACGAAGUUUUGUAUUAUAUUAUAUUUAUAAAUAAUUUAUAACUAUGUAACUUAUAUUAUGACCACAACUCCAAUG